CGGUUGUUGUUGUUCCAGUUGUCUAGUCUAGCCUCCAUCCCCCACCAUCCCCACCGCCCCCCCGCCUCGUUAGCGCGCCUUGCUUGUCCUCUCCUGUCCCGCGACCCGGCUCCCUGUUCUAUUCUGUUGGCUCUGUCACCUUUAUCCGUGGUGUUUAACUACUCUCCGGCGAAAGGUUUCGAGCUUGAUAUCUUUUUUGAUUCUUACCUUUUUUUACUGCUGCCUAUUGUGGGAAUCUCUGCCGUGAAUCUUAUCGCUAGAAUCUUCUACCCAAUCGGACCAACCCAACGAACUAGCCAACAAUCACGACAACAACAACCGACCGUCCCCGAAGAAGCCAGGAAACUCGAAGGCAUAGGAAACGACCGUGGAACCGAACGAAAGAGUUUUUUUUCUUCUCUCCUUCCUUGAAUCAGAAUAAAGAGUAGCCUCACAACUCACUCAUGACCCAUCGUUUAUCCUCCCAUUCACUUGUGAGGAUCAUCAUGGCCGCUACCGGAGUGACUACUCAAUUUGCCUAUCGUACACAAAAAACUAUCGGCUUGAUUGAUGGCCACCCUCAAUACUCGCAUCAACCCGGAUUCAACAAGCCUGAAACGAACAAUAGAUGCUGCACCUAUAGCCCCGAUGGAAGAUAUUUUUCUUGGGCUUGUAAUGAAGACGUGAAGAUUGCCAACCCAAAUACUGGAGAAAUUGUCACUACUCUGCCAGCACAAAAUGUGCAUGAAAUUGGAUUCUCUCCUCGUGGUAGCUACAUCAUCACAUGGGAACGACCCACCAAGCAGGAGGACGGCAGCGCUUCGAAGAAUUUGAGAGUUUGGAAAACUGAGACGGCUGAACACGUUGUAGCAUUCGUGCAGAAAUCUCAGUCUGGGUGGAACCUCCAGUACACGUAUGACGAAAAGUAUUGUGCGCGGGUAGUUACGAAUACUGUGCAGUUCUUUGAGUCUACGAAUAUGAAUGAGGUCUGGAAGAUUCUUCGUGUGGAGGGGGUCACCGAGGUUGCGCUUAGUCCGGGGAAGAACUAUUCGGUGGCAGCGUUCGUCCCGGAGCGGAAGGGUAAUCCGGCAGUUGUCAAGAUUUUCCAAGUCCCUAAUUUCGAUGACGUUCUGUCGCAGAAGAGCUUUUACAAGGCUGACAGGGUGCAACUCAAGUGGAAUGCCUUGGGCACUAGUGUCUUGGUAUUUUCUCAAACCGACGCCGACAAGACUGGGAAAAGUUAUUAUGGGGAGACCAAUCUUUACCUGAUUACUGUGGCUGGAAAUUAUGACUGCCGUGUUUCACUUGAUAAGGAAGGUCCCAUUCACGAUGUCGCGUGGUCAACUGAUUCAAAGGAGUUUGGUGUUGUGUAUGGAUUUAUGCCGGCAAAAACCACAAUCUUCGAUGCGCGGGCCAAUAUCAUCCACCAAUUACCGGCCGGUCCGAGAAACACAAUUCUUUUUUCUCCUCAUGCCAGAUUGGUGCUGGUUGCAGGAUUCGGGAAUUUGCAAGGCUCGAUGGAUAUCUAUGACAGGCAAGCGGGGAUGAAGAAAAUUUGCACUAUUGAAGCAUCUAACGCGAGUGUCUGUGAAUGGAGCCCGGACGGCCGCCAUAUCCUCACCGCCACGACAAGUCCGAGAUUGAGGGUGGACAAUGGAGUCAAGAUUUGGCAUUAUACCGGGGGAUUGAUGUACAACAUUGAUUUGGAUGAAUUGUACCAUGUGACUUGGCUUCCCCAGAGUGCCUCCAUGCAUCCUUUGCCGAGUCCGCUUCCCCCGGCGCCCACGCCUCACGAAUCAGCUUUAACUCACGUUGCAACGACGACUCCUAAAAAACCAGCCGGCGCUUAUAGGCCGCCCCAUGCCCGUAACACGGCAACCCCUCUUCAUUUUAAACGUGAGGAUGAAGGUGGAGCGGCCCAUAUUUACGCCAAUGGUUCUGGGGCUGGAAGUGGCAGUGGGUCUAACGGAUUGUUUAGUGGUAAGGGUCGAAGGAGAGAAGUUCCUGGAGCAGCACCGGCAGAGAAGCUAGUUCCAGGAGCUGCUCCUGGUGGCGGUGUCUCUCUGGCCGGAACUGGUGCUGGUGCCGAUGAAGAAAACCUGAGCCGAGCGGCGGUGAAGAACAAGAAGAAACGUGAAGCCGCCAAGAAGGCUAAGGCUGAGCAGCAACAAGCCGCCAAUGCUGCUGGAAAUGGAAUUCCGCAGGGACCUCAACCCGAUAGAGAAGGCCGCGAGGGUAAUGGGAGAAAUCCCCAUCAACACCACACCAGGAGCAAGUCCAGGAACAAUCAACAAAACGAAGGCCAUCGCAGAUCUAAGAGCAAGACUGGUGGAGAGAAUCAGAAUCACCAUGGCCGGCACCAUUCCGAGCAUCAGCAACUUCAUAUCAGGACUGGUGCUGAUAGUCUUGCUCCCCCGAUUGACCCGUCGACACCCCAGAAACGCCAGACGGACCUCGAGGCCGAACCUCAGACACCUGAUGGAACACCAAGUACCCAGGAUAAGAAGCUUAGAGGGUUGCAUAAGAAGCUUCGUGCCAUCGAGGAUCUCAAGCAGAGGCUUGCAAACGGUGAAAAGUUGGAAGAUACACAGCUCAGGAAGAUCAGAACCGAGGAACAGGUUAGGAAGGAGUUGAAUGGCCUCGCUUAACAUUUCUUUUUGCUUUGGGUAGGCAAUUUCUGGUUUUUUAGGGGGGCAUCAUACGUUUGUGUAUAACUAUCCAAUUGUAUGAGAAAAUAGCCUGCUGUUGUUUUGUCUUUUUUUGCAUAACACGGGACUGGCGGGGUUUGCAUUAAAUACAGUGGACAUGGAUCGGGCUGUGUGGUGGUUGCCUGUGGCUGGUUUGAGAUUGUUCGAUAAAGCUGAUGUUAAAAACAAAAAUUGCGCUAGGAGAUACUGUG